CAUUGUUGAACGAACUAUGUGCACCGGUUACCUCUCUUUAGAACGAGUUAUUCCACUCAACCACUCCAUUGAUAUGGAGACAUUGAUGGCUCGCGACAAAGCUCACCACUCAAGAAUCUUGGGUCGUGUUGGCUGCUCCUUCAACUUCACAGUCAAAGGCACAGCUGACCCAAACUCCUUUGGGUAAGGCUAACAAUCCUCCCCCCCUCUCUCAAAAACUCCUUAAUUUAUUGCUUUAGUUUCUUAUUCUCAUGUUCUUUUCUUUUACGGUAUGCUAUAUACGUUGUGUUAUGCAAAGAUUAUAUUGUAUCCAUGUGGUGCAAAGGAUUAGCUCAGGAUUAGUACAUUGUACCAAACCGUGAAUAUGCUUGAAGUCGACACAAAAACUGAACCGUGUUUAUCAGAGGAUAUAUUAUCUGUUCUUUCAACAAUUAGACAUAUUAUCUUAUCAUAUUUUUCAUCUAUUCAAAAGAAAAACGUUUUUCAUAUUAACGUAGCUCUGCUUUGGAAAUGAAUGUUGGUUUUUAUGAUUAGGAUGUAUACUACCAAAGUUAAAUUGGGAUAUCCGCCAAAGGAAUUUACUGUAAUGAUUGAUACUGGAAGUGACCUUUUGUGGGUCAACUGCAAAUCUUGUAAUAAUUGUCCUCAAUCUAGUGGACUUGGGAUUAAGCUUAAUUUUUUUGACACGGUUGCUUCAUCCACGGCUGGGUUGGUUAAAUGCUCAGACCCCAAUUGUCCUUUUGGAGUUCAAGGUGCGGAUGUUCAAUGCUCUCCUCGUGUUAACCAUAAUCCGUGCAACUACUCCUAUCAUUUUCAAGAUGGGAGUGGUACCUCAGGUGUUUAUGUCAUUGAUGACAUUUACUUUGACACAAUCAUCGGACAAUCGGCCAUUGUUUUUUUUGGGUGUAGCACCCAUCAAUUUGGACGAUUGAAUAACACAAUAAGAGCGCUUGAUGGAAUCUUUGGGUUUGGCCUUGGUCCUCUAUCAAUUGUAUCACAAUUGUCACCACAAGGAAUAAUACCCAAAGUUUUCUCUCAUUGCUUGAAAGGAGAUGGUAAUGGAGGAGGUAUUCUAGUUCUUGGUGAGAUUGUGGAGCCAAGUAUUGCAUACAGUCCACUUGUCCCAUCCCAGACUUAUUACAACUUGAAUCUUGAGAGUAUUGCUGUCAAUGGGAAAAUUCUCUCAAUCAAUUCAGUUGUAUUUGCAUCAUCAAAAUCUGACAACCGAGGAACUGUUAUUGACACUGGUACAACAUUGACAUAUCUUGUUCAAGAGGCCUAUGAUCCUCUUGUCAAUGCAAUAACCACUGCUGUGUCACAAUUUAGCAGUCCCUCUAUUUUAGAAGGAAACCAAUGCUAUUUGGUCUCAACAAGUAUAGAUAUUUUUCCUUCUGUCACUUUUAACUUUGCGGAUGGAGCAUCCAUGGAUCUAAAACCAGCACAAUACCUUCUGCACUAUGAUUUAAUGGAUGCUGCAAUGUGGUGUUUAGCUUUCCAGAAAGCGCAAAAUGGACUCUCAAUAUUAGGAGAUCUUGUCCUAAAAGAUAAGAUAGUUGUUUAUGACUUGACUAAUCGGCGGAUUGGAUGGACCAACUAUAACUGUUCAAUGCCGGUCAAUGUCUCAAUAACUCUGAGCAAGGACAAGAAUAUUAAUCCAAGAACUAGAUGGUCGAGUGCCAACAAUCUAGAAAUAAGGAUUCUCUAUGAACUAUUACCUGUAACAUUGUGGCUAUUACCUGUAACAUUGUGGCUUUUUUUAUGUCUAUAAUACAAUCUUCAUCCACAUUGUUAUUUAAAUCUAAUAUUAAAGUGAGUUCAUAGAAGAUGAAAGAUUUGAUCUAAAUUAAUGUAAUUUUAGAAAUUAUAUGUCA